UGUGGUUUUAAGUGCCUGACGCUUCUUUUGUAGUCUAGCCUGCAACGUAUUACGUAAGGGGGUCGGUAUAAGUACACCGAGUCACCGACCAACCUGCAUGGCUUAAAAAACGGCUGCGCCUCUUAUUAAAGGUCGUAGUCCUGUCUUGUAAAAUGUAGGCUAAACACUUAAAGAGAAUGCACUCCAGGUUCGUGGUUCUUUGGGAAAUCGUCGUAGAAUUACUUUCAUAAUUUUUUUCAGUGGGAAUCAGAGGACACCUGCAAUGUCUCCUGUACAAGAAAAUUCGCGGUGGCCCCGAGUAUCAAAGUUCACUCUGUCAGCAUGUGCUGCAACUGUUGCAGAAUUAGACUUCAGAUACAGGGUGAAGGUGGUUCCCGACAGCACUGUGGAAGUGUACAGCCUCCAAAACACAGGGGCAUGCUGAGCACAGCUUUGGGUAUAGUGCGAGAAGAGGGGCCCUUGAACCUGUGGCAAGGGGUCACACCAGGUAUCUACAGACAUCUAGUGUAUUCAGGCGGCAGGAUGUUGGCUUAUGAACAGCUCAGGGAAUCAGUCUUGGGAAGAUCUGAAGAUGGCAUUUUUCCAGUCUGGAAAGCAGUGAUUGGCAGUAUUAUAUCAGGUGCCUUGGGCCAGUUCAUCACUAGUCCAACAGAUCUAGUGUAGGUUCAGAUGCAAAUGGAGGGCAGGCGCCGUCUGGAAGGGAAG